UGAAGCAUUGUGGGAUGGCUGAAUAUUGACAUGGCAACCAAACUGUAGAUCCGAUCGGCAUUCGCACCGGGCUUUUGCUACUUCGCCUUAUUUUAUCAUUCAUAUUUUUUUUAGGGUUCACGCACUUGGUUGUGUGCGUACUGUGUGCGUGUUUACCGCCGCCAUGAAUGCGGUGGUGGUGAAAAAGACCCAGGAAACGUUGGGUAAAGUAAUCAAGAAACCACCGCUCAUGGAAAAGCUGCUCAGCAAGCCGCCGUUCCGAUACCUGCACGACAUCUUCAUGGAGGUCAUCAGAACCACUGGUUUUAUGAAAGGCUUAUAUGAAGAAAAUGAAAUGAAGUCGGAUAAUGUCGAUGGCAAAGAAGCAAAAAUGGCUUUCCUCCAGAAAGCCAUAGACGUCGUGGCAUUGGUAAGUGGCGAGCCUUUGACGGCAAAGCCUGCACGGAUCGUCGCUGGCCACGAGCCGGAGAAAACCAACGAGCUGCUGCAGGCCAUCGGCAAAUGUUGCCUCAACAAGUUGUCUAGUGAUGAAGCAGUGAAGCAAGUGCUUUCGAAAGGAAAGGUGGACCCAAAAAACAAGACUGGCUCGUCUAAAUCCCAGGAGAAAUCCCAAGAGAAAUCCCAGGAGAAAUCCAAGGACAAAUCCCAGGAGAAAUCCAAGGACAAAUCCCAGGAGAAAUCCAAGGACAAAUCCCAGGAGAAAUCCAAGGACAAAUCCCAGGACAAAAGGCACAGGGAGGAGCGCAGCCAUGAUCCAGAUGCAGAGGGGAAGAAAAGGUUAACCGAGCGCAGCAGCAGCCGCGAAGAGAAGGACAUCGUAAGGCCCAAAGACCGGCAACACAAGAGCGAGCAGAAGGAGCGCCGCUCAGACCGCGAGCAUUCUGACAGGCGCCACCGCAGCGACCAAAAGCCCCACGCCACCGACACAGAAAAGAGUCGGGACCCCGAGCGAGAACGUGACAAGGAACGCCAGAAUGGACGCUCUCAAGACAAGGAGAAGGACAGAACGAGAGAUCGGCAGAGAACCAGAGAUUCUCACCGAGACGGAGACAAAGGAAACCACAAAGAAAAAGACAGAGGGAGGCAAAACAAGACCAGCAAUCCAGAAGAACCACAGCAGAAACCCAAUUCUGAUGAGCUUAGCAGCCAAACAGCCAAACCUGUGCCACCGCCCACAGAAGUAGUUGGAAGUCAGCCUGACAGCCCCGUGAGAAUUCCUCGACCAGCGUCUGCCAAAGGUCAAAGACGAAGACCUAAGAUGGGAGAUGAAUCUGACAGCGAUGGAGGUACGUGUUCUGUCUGUGCAGAUCCUCAUGAGGAUCCACAUUUUGCCCAAACGUCACAUCCUCAGGAAAAUGCGACCACUGUGGGAUCGUCCAUGCCGUCUGACAUCAACUCCAGUCGGCAGAUGACGCGACCAGGCAGCGCACGGCCAGCUCCUCUACGAGUCACGAGAGUCUACGAGAGCCACACUGAGGCCCCCCCAUCAGAGAGGCUGCCAAGUGCCAAGCCCAGAGCACCGGUCAUCAUGGACGGUAAGAUGUCAGACGAUGAAGAGGAGGAUGAUGAGCAGUUCCUCGUGGAGGUGGCACCCCCCAGCGCUCCUGAGAACGAUCGAGAACCGGCUCCAGAACUGGACAGCGAGGAAGAGCACGGGUACCUCGUGAAAAAAAUCCUUGAAGUCAAGAAGAAACAUGAACUGCCUCAUUCCUCCCUGAAAUCUAAAGAACAGAGUUUGGUGUCGGAAGCUCUGCUGAAAAAGCAGGAGAUGGAGACAAAAGAGGUGGAGAAGCUUUGCUCCUUCAUUCAGGACUUGUGCCGUAACUCCCAGUCUUUGGCUAAGACCAUGGAGUACACGGUGGAGGACAUGGACGCCAUGCGGGCGGAGGUGCAGCACUGGCAGAAGGAGAAUAAAGAGUGUGAAGAGGCUCUUCUACAGGAACGGAGGGAGACUGAACGGGUUCUGGAACCUCUUGAAGCAGAACUGGAGGAGCUGGAGCAGCAGAUCAAGGACCAGCAGGAAAAGAAUUAUUCCUUGAAGGCAAAAGUUCUGAAAAACGAAGAGCUCAUCCAGAAGAAGCUGACUGGAAUCUUCUCCAAGAAAUGAGCCAGAAUAAAUCCAGAACUUUC